AUGGCUAACAAAUCUAAAGAAGAACCUAACACUGCUCCUAAACCUGAUACGUGGUACAAUCUCACACUAGGACCUUCUUUCAAAGAUGAUUCUGCUAACAAAUACUGCACUCUCCGAUAUGAAUUUAAGCCAGCUUCAGUUGAUAAGACUAAGCCAGGAAUGCUACGCAAGAGCAAAGAGAAUAGGGUCUCUGUCGAAUUUCAGAACAACCAAAUAGGAAAACCCAAGGUCACAUUUGAGGGAAAUAGCGAGGAAUACAAGGAAAAUGAUGCUGUCUUGUUCUUUGAUGGUCAGACACUUCGAUUGGAGCGGCUUGAUAGGGCUGUAAAGCAACUGCGCCACCUUCGAAUGCCUGGUGAGUCUUCAGCUGCUGCGUCUGGAACUGUUACUGCUCCAUCUGGACCAGCUUUGGAUCCUUGGUCACCCCCCAUUGGGAAGAACACAAAACCAGCAUAUUUUGGCAGUGCCAGGAGCUCGAAUCAAGCUGUUGCGGUUGAAGUGGAACGUAUUGAUAUUGGUGAACCUGAAAAUACUGGUAUGUAUGAUAUGAUUACAGGGUUUCUAUAA